GGCCGGCGGCGCAGGGCGGGGGGCGCGGGCCAAGCAGGAAGUGGCUGAGGAGAAGCGGCCGCCGCCGAGGGGCUGGGCGGGAGCCGGGCCCCGCCGCCGCAGACUCUGCCGUAGUCCCCACCAUGGGUGACAUGAAAACUCCAGAUUUUGACGACCUUCUGGCAGCUUUUGACAUUCCUGACAUCGACACGAACGAGGCCAUUCACUCCAGCCAUGAGGAGGCUGACGCUCACAUCAAGCAGGUCCCUGGGGAGCCGGGGCCCCCUGACCACGUCCUCCCGCACACGGACAUCACCGCGGUCAGCGUGAUCGUCAAGAACACCGUCUGCCCCGAGCAGCUUGAUGCCCUGGAUGGGCGCAGUAAAGACGGGCACGUCAUCGGGCCGCGCUUGCUGCAGAAUGGCUUUGGGGCCACCGAGAUGCCCAGGUCCCCCACCUCCAGGUCCGUGGAAGCUGUGGCAUCCUCCAAUGGGGAGUGUUGGGUGAAAGAAAAAGGUCCCAAACCCCUGGAUAUCUUCUCCCAUUUUAGUCCUGAUCCCAACGAAGACAAUGCUGCCAACCUGAUCGACAGACCUCGAGAGUGCAAGCCGAAGGAGAAGUCCCUCGCCGUGCCCUCCCUCUCCCCGUCGCCCACCCCAUCGCUGGACUGCAAGGAGCCCAUGGGAGAGAGCACCGAGAACCUGCCCCCGGCUUUCCCGCAGCCCUUUGAAACCAGCCAGGCAGGGGGUGCAAGCGGGUCCCCUCCUGCAGUUCCCUGCAUCAAAAAAGAGGAGUCUGACUCAGAGGAGGUGGGCCGUGAAGCCAGCCCAAAGGGUUUGGCUGCAGCCCUGGGUGACAGUCCCUUGGAGCACUUGAAAUCGGUCACUGUUCGCUACUCCACAGGUGAUUCUCCCAUUGCAUCGUGGCCCGGUUCCGACCCAAACCUCGACAGCAGCACCAGCAACCUUCCUGAAGUGAAGCGCUCACCCACCAGCCCCCGGGAGCCGUUCUUCAAGCCUUCGUCACCCAUGGUGCAGAGCCCCAGACUCCCCCCUUCUCCGAAGCAGCUGGAUGACAUCGCCCUCAAGGAAGAGCAGGAGGCUCUGGAGAAGUCGAUGGGAAGUCCACAGAGUAUGUCUAGUGCUGAGGAAGAGGAGGAAGAGGACGACAACAACAACGAUUCCCCUUCUUCCAAUUCCUCGCGGCCCCUGAAAGUGCGGAUUAAAACCAUCAAAACGUCUUGCGGCAGCAUCACCAGGACGGUGACCAGGGUCUCAUCAGACUCAGAGCCAGGCUCCACCAAGGGGACGGCUGAGCAGAGCUCUCAGGAGCCCUCUCUUGAGGGUAUCAGCUUUUCGGGUUCAGCAGAGAAAGAGGACGGGAUCGUGCUGGAGGUGCCCAAGGAGAAGAUGGAUCUCUCCAGCCCCUUGAAAACCAUCGAGGGGCCAAAAAUUGUCAGCGUUCAGCUUGGCAACGGCACCAAGAUCAAAGGGACCGUCCUGCCGGUCUCCACCAUCCAGAACGCCAGCAGUGCCAUGCUGAUUGCUGCCAGCGUCGCUCAGCAGAAAUCCGUGGUGCUGCCGUCCAAGACGGGCAAAGCCGUGGCCAAGAACAUCAUCAACCUGGUGCCACAGACCCUGCCCAAAGCCGACACGCGGACCAACGUCAGCACCGUGACGCAGACCACCACCAUCACCACCACGGCCAACCAGAAGGUCAACGGCACCACAGUCGUGAUGGUGCAGCCGCAGAAACCUUCCCCUACCAUUGCGGGCACGGUCAUUUCCAGGAGCCAGUCCAGCCUCGUGGAAGCCUUUAACAAGAUUCUCAACAGCAAAAACCUCUUGCCAACGUACAAGCCCAACCUGAAUCCCCCAGCCGAUGCGAGCCUCACCCUGCCUCCGUUCGGUUACCGCUGCCUGGAGUGCGGGGACUCCUUCGCCCUGGAGAAGAGCUUGGCUCGCCACUAUGACCGGCGAAGCAUGCGCAUCGAGGUAACCUGCAACCACUGCACCAAACGCCUCGUGUUCUUCAACAAGUGCAGUUUGCUCCUGCACGCCCGGGAGCACAAGGACAAAGGGCUGGUGAUGCAGUGCUCCCACCUGGUGAUGAGGCCCAUCGCUUUGGAUCAGAUGAUCGGGCAGCCGGACAUCACCCCCCUGGUCUCGGUCACCUCCUUCCCUGCUGGCAAAGUGGCCGGCGUGGCUCAGGACGCCUUGGCCGCGGCCAACGGGGCUCCGGACCUCCCCAUCCUGCCUCUGAGCAGCGGCUUGGAGCAGACCAACUACAGCUGCUUCAGGUGCCUGGAGUGCAAAGAGCAGUGCAAAGACAAGGCCGGGCUGGCCGCGCAUUUCCAGCAGACGGUGACCACGGGGACGACCAGCAGCACGGUUUGCACGACGUGCCCCAUGAUCAUGUCCAACCGCUGCAGCUUCAACGCCCAUCAGCGGAUGCACAAAAACCGGCCUCCCCACGUCUGCCCCGAGUGCGGGGGGAAUUUCCUCCUCGCCAACUUCGAGACCCACCUGAAGGAGGCCUGCCUGCACUUCUCCCGGAGGGUGGGGUACAGAUGUCCCAGCUGCGCUGUGGUGUUCGGCGGGGUCAACUCCAUCAAGUCCCACAUCCAGACCUCCCACUGCGAGGUGUUUCACAAGUGCCCCAUCUGUCCCAUGGCGUUCAAGUCAGCCCCCAGCGCCCACGCGCACGUUUACACGCAGCACCCUGGCUUCAGCAACCAGCAGUCCAAAAUGAUUUACAAGUGUGCAAUGUGCGACACGGUCUUCACCCACAAGCCCCUGCUCUCUUCCCACUUUGACCAGCAUUUGCUCAACCAGCGGGUCAGCGUCUUCAAGUGUCCGGACUGCCCGCUGCUCUUUGCCCAGAAGCGCACCAUGCUGGAGCACCUCAAGAACACUCAUCAGCCCCAAAAACCCAAGGACGACCUGGCAAAGAAGGCGGCUGUCCUGCUCACACCAAAGCAGGAACCUGUCGAAACCCCCGUGUCCAAGAUUUCGGAGGAGUCAUCGUCCUCCACAGAGGAGGAUGAGCCUCCCAGCUCACCAGAGCUGCGCAAGACAAAGCGGAGCCGCUUCCAGCGCAAGACAGUCAACAAGUCGAAGGGCAGCGGGUGGACGUGCGGGGUUUGCCACUCCUGGUUCCCAGAGCGUGAUGAAUACGUCUCCCACAUGAAGAAGGAUCAUGGCAAGUCGGUGAAGAAGUUCCCGUGCCACCUGUGUGAGCGUUCGUUCUGCUCUGCUCCCAGCCUCCGGAGACACGUGCGCGUGAAUCACGAAGGGAUCAAGCGCGUCUAUCCCUGCCGGUACUGCACAGAGGGCAAGCGGACCUUCAGCAGCAGGCUCAUCCUGGAGAAGCACAUCCAGGUGCGACAUGGGAUCAAGGUGACCGACCAGACAAAGAGCCAGGAGGUCGUUAUCGCCCGGAUAGGGACUGGCCCUACGCAGGUGUCCAGCCGGAAGCGGAAGCUGUCCUCGGACGAGGGUGACUCGUGCAGUGAGGAGCCUGACAGCACUACGCCUCCCUCCAAAAACCCCAAGGGCGACCGCAAGGCGCCCUUCCGGUGCCGCAAGUGCGGCUACCUCGCCAGCAGCUCAGCUGACUUCCAGGAACACAUUCCCCAGCACCGGACUGACGAGAGCUCCCACCAGUGCCGGGAGUGCGGGCUCUGCUUCACCUCCCAGGUCUCCCUCAACCGCCACCGCUUCAUCACCCACAAGAAGAAGAAGGGAGCGGGCGAGAUGGAGGAGCCGGGGCCCCGGAGCCCCCUUGAAGGAGGUGCCCAGCACAUGGCCGACGGCAAGCUGUCCUGCAAGGUGUGUGGCCGCUGCUUUGACAGUCAGCUGAACCUCAAGACACACUUCCGCACCCACGGCAUGGCCUUCAUCCGUGCGAGGCAGAAUGCAAGCCCUGAAAACUAGGGCCCCGGUCGAGGGGUAUGAGACGUGUAUAUAAUCAGCACAGAGCAAUUUGCGAGGAGGCUGCUGGAAGCCCACCUGGGUGCCACCUUCCUCCCUCCUCCUGGGCAGCGUUUUGAGACAGGGUCGCGUGAAGGAGCUGUGAAGAGAUGAGAGCUGGCUUGUGCGAUCUGGCCUGACUCCGUGUGCCCUCCACGCUGAAUCUGCUCGGCCACGUCCCUGCUCGGCUGAGUGUUCACCCACCCCUGCUCUGUGGGUGAGAGCAGGGCGAAGGCAGAAUUUCGGCUGCCUUAUUGUACAGCAGAUGAGGGGCAGAGUCCAUGCUGGCCACCCUGCCCCAGGGGAAACCAAACAGUCUGUUUGCUGCUCUGUUGUCACACGGGGCCACAGCUGCCCCACAGCUGGUCACAUCUGUGCGGAGGGACAGUGGCCUUCCUCGCCCAGGGACGAGGACAGGGAAUGACAUCUCCCCACCCUGGGCCAGUGUUGGCAAAUCACAAGUCACUGCCUCUUCCGAUCUCGGCUUUUACAGCGCCUGGACCUUGUGCUGCAGCUCAGUGGCUUUCUUCUUGUUCCCUCUUUCCCAGGAACCUCUCCCACAUCCCAAGAACCAGCCUCAGCUGCGGUCAGCUGUGCUGGGAGCGGCCGUGUUGGGGUUUGCUGCUCCUCUGGGAGGGCUGGAGCAGGGCAGGACCUGGGGGCCAGGGGAAGAUGUCUCCACCGCCAGACAGGGCUGUCUGUGCUGACAAUAACGUCACAGCAGGAUCCACCUUUUUUUUUCCUUUCCCUUUUCUAUGUUGCUUGUUUUGUAUCUUGCUGGGAGUAGGGGGGAGAAGCCGAUUCCAGACUCGCGGCCGCUCUCCGUUUCUGCAGAGAUGCUGCUGCUGUCCUGGCCCCUCUGUGGCUCAGUCCCGGCGCCGCUCACCCGCGAGGUUGCUCUUCACCAUCGCUUGCACUAACUUGAGGCGGCGCUGGUGUCAAUGUGCUUGUUUUGCACCCAGGGACGGCCAUGCACGAGGCCCCAGCCUGUGGCCUUUCACGGGGAGGAGGAGUUACUUUCAGUCAGCACUGGAAAACAAGCAAACAGAAGCGUCUCGACAAGCUCAGAGCGAGCCCUGGUGGCGUGGGCUACCCCAGCAGCGCUGCACCAAGUCUGUUCCUCGGAGCCGCAGGGAGGUUUCGGGACUCUCCUUGGGCCCCAUCCUGGAUCUGGGCCGGCAGCGGCUACUUGCCAAACAAAGGGGCCGUGAGGAGGGGAAGCUGCUGCCAACGCGCUGAUGGUGAAAGCUUUUGCCUGGCUUUUCCGAGGGGCGAUGCCAUCAUCCAGUGCUGCUCGCCCAGCACCGAGGGCUUUGCUAGUGCCCGGCCCGCAGCGGGGGCUCGGCCGUGUUUGCUGCUCCUCUUCCACACAACGCUCGCAGCCAAGCAGCUCCUGGCAUGGCUGAGCUCCCCCAUGGCCAUGGUGAGCCACGUCCUGUGCGUGUGCGAGAGCUUGGCCCUGGCGUACAAGCCGGCUGAAUGUCGUGGUGGGGGCUCACCCGUGCGGGGCUGCUGCUGCAUUCCCCCCCCCCCCCCCCCCGGUGACCUUCGGGGAAGGAGAAUAACAGCCAGAAAAGAGACUUUCUACUUGUUCUGUUUGUUUAGCGCCUGUGCUUGGGGUAGGGUGUUUGUGUGAGUAAUUAUUUCAGUAACUUAACUUUGGGCUCCUUAUUUCCUUGUGAAUAACAUCUAACACGCUGUGUAAAGUUGUAUCAUACACUAAAAGUGACAAAAAACUACUGUUGUGAUUUGGGUUGCUUUUUUUUUUUUAGUUUUUAGUUUUAUUUUUAUUUUCUGGGGUGGGGAAAGAUGGUUUGCUGGGGUUGGUUUUUGUUGUUUUUUUUUGUUUUGUUUUGUUUUUGUUUCAGGUGCAAGGAGGGGGGUUAAUCCUCCCCCUUGCUGCAGGUGGAUUCAACUGAACGGCACACACAGAAGGGGGGGGGGGGGGCUUUUUAAAAAUAAAAGAAGAGAAAUAAAGUAAAUUAGCAGUUCCCACAGCCCCCAGGCCAGACCCCCCCCUCCUGGCAGGGGUGCUCUUUGCCUCCCAAACCCCAUUGACCACAUCGUCGUUUCCUCCAUCGUUGUCUCCCCGACCCCUCUCAGCUGUAGCACGUGGGGCUGUGAACGUGUAAAUGAUGUUUAAUAAUAGAGAAGAACCUAAAGUUUCUACGAGUUUUAGAGGAAGGAAACAAAACAAAUUGCUUUGUAAUCUCUUGGUUUUCAAGCACUUCAGUGCCUUUAGCUCAACUUCUGUUAAAGCGGGGGGGCAUGGGGGGGGGGUGCAUCUGUACACUUGUUUUUAGGGGUUGUGACCUGAUUAUGCUACAUUAAAACUACGGGCACUGCAAGAGGCUCUCAGGUAUCCUUUAUUCUUGUAGUAAUAAUGCAAUUAAACUUUUAGUGGUUUA